AUGCAUGCCACCCUCCGGCCGUCAACCAAACCCACAUCUUCUUCUCCCCGCCGUCACAGCCCCAAAGAGCAGCAAAACCAUACCCACACUUUCCAUCGCGGACCCAUCCAAACUGCUGCUCCUGGAUACGACCUGUGGGCUCUUAGCAGCGGUCAUGCAGCAAUAAUCCAUUGUCAUAAUGGAUUACUACAGCCAGCUCACAGUACUCAACAGAAUGAGCAGGUCUAUUUUAUAGAGUUCAGGUUGAAUAGGAGCUGUGCCAUUCAAUCGGACGAGGCUAAACCUUUGAAAGAUAGUGUCGUAUAUGGAAUUAAACGAUCUUCAAGUUCAAGAAGAGGCUGGCUAAAUGCGCACGAGAGUCACUAUGUGAGAGAAGAACGAACAACUACUGGUAUAUAUUGUUGCGGCAGGCCGCCACCCAAUAAUGGGCAGGCCGCAUUUGACCCGCCCAAUCAAAUGGGCAGGCCGCAUUUGACCCGCCCAAUCAAAUGGGCAGGCCGCAUUUGA